AUGGCUGAAAUGAAAUAUAACAUAACCUACGGUCGCUUGAAGGAGGCCAUCACUAGGUUUCCAGCGAUACUUCAGGAAAGUAUUCCUGUUUUCGAGGAGUUAGCGCAACGACUCGAGACCGAAAUGGCGACCGGAGAAGGCCAGCUGAUACAUGGCGAUUUUGACUGUCGAAAUGUUCUUAUCUCGGAUGGGCCUCUAACAGUCGGUUCCUGUCCCAUCUCACUUUGUGUAAUUGACUGGGAAUUGUCACGCAUUGGUUCAAUAGCUUCUGAUGUUGGCCAGAUGUUGUCUGGCAUCUAUCUCCUCACGGUCUUCAACUCCUUCCAGGCUGGCCCAAAAAUGAUUUCCUCAUUCAUGCACGGUUAUGGUCCAGUGACUGAUGAACUUGCAUUCCGUAUCGCUUUGGAUGUUGGUACGCAGUUGGUGUUGUGGCCAUGCCAGCAGGCUGAUAAUUAUGAUGACCACCUUAUUGAAAUGUGUGUCGAUAUGGGACAUAAAAUUAUUCUUCAUGCUGAGAAACAGGCUAAGCCAUGGUUCCGUGGUGGGGUGUUCGAUAGCAUUUUCUGUUUCAUAGAAUCUCACUGA